AUUUGUUAUCCAAAGUCUGGGCUCAUCAUUAAAUGUCUGCCACGUCUUCCACCACAUUUUUGGUUUCUCUUCUUCAUACCACUGACCAAAAAACAUCAAGAAAUCUCAUCAGCCCAGAAACAUGGAACUCACCACCACUACCCAGUCUCUUUCCCAUUCCAAAAUCCCCAAACUUUUCUCCAAUGGAGGAGCCACUGUUUUUGCCCAGAACUCUGUCAAUUUCUUGGGCUACAAUUGCCUGCCAAGAAACCUGCAAUGCACUGCCAAACAUCUCAGCAGUCUUGGAGCCAUUCAUGCUUCUGAGGGACAGAUUACCUCCACUGCUGUUUCCAUUAAAUGGCUUCUUGAACCUGUUGGUGAUGGAGAUACAAAGCACAUAGGUUAUCCCACUGCAAUGCCAGGUGCAUUUGAGAUCAGCUCUGGUGCAAUAACAGUCGGGCGCGUUUCUGAGAAGGCAGAUAUGGUGAUUCCAGUUCCCACAGUAUCUGGUGCGCAUGCCCGGCUCAGGCACACCGAGGACUGUCUUGUGGUAACGGAUUUAGACAGCACGAAUGGCACUUUCAUUGAUGAGAAGCGCCUCAGGCCCGGUGUUGCUGCUGCUGCAUUGCCUGGAACUCGUAUCACGUUUGGGGAUACCCAUCUAGCAAUAUUUCGAGUCUCGAAGCUCGAGAAGGUUGAUGAUGCUCCUGAAGAACAAGAAGAUGAUGGUGCAAAGGGGGGUCCAAGCAGCAGCUAGAAUGAAGAAGCCUGGAAUCCAUAACUGCUGCUGUGUGUAUUACGUUGCAGACCACAAUGAAUAAUUGCAGAUGUAGUGAUGUACAAUUUUUUGUGUUCCUCAUCAUCUUCCAUGUGCCUUGUGCUCUUCAACUAUGCACAUUAUAUAUUAGCAGUGCUGAGAGGUUUUUUUUUUUUUUU